AUGGCGCUUCAUCUAGCUGCAGCAGCCACCUACGCAUACAGGCCUCUCUCUGCACGUCGCAUCAGGCUCCUCAAACUACCCAACAACGUCGAUUCUCAAUGUGAAGAAGCGCCUACUCUGGUAGAUGUAUCGUUGGAUACGCCACCCGCAUACGAAACAGUCUCCUAUGUAUGGGGCGAGCAGAUCAAAUCAUGCUUCUUCAACUUCAGCUCCGGUACAUCGGUUGCAGUCACUCCAACUCUACGCACCACGAUUGAGCGACUUCGCCCUCAUUGCCAAACGUGCUACCUCUGGGUCGACCAGCUAUGCAUCGACCAGGCUAGCAUCCCGGACCGCAAUCAGCAAGUUGCUCUUAUGGGCGAGAUCUACAGCAAGUGCCAACGCGUGAUGAUCUGGCUGGGACAAGAAGUGCAUCACUCCGGAUACCUGGCAUACUACUUCGACGACGGACUACCCCCAGAGCUUCAGCGAAAGACAAAUCAUACGCGCGUUUCGUCCUCCCGUUUGGAACAACCUGAUGCGCAAUCCUUUGUCCGGUUCUUGUUAGCACUGACGUGGUUUACCAGGGCGUGGGUGGUGCAAGAGGCCGUAUUACCUCCCAAAGCAUCAUGCUUCCUCGGCCCUUUUACCUUCUCCAUCGAGGACCUCUGGACCGUUGUAGUCCAUCACAGAAGCGCAGAACGUUACUUUGCACAAACGGACUAUAGCAGCAUACGCCAGCAUCCCGGAUACCUCGUGCUGAGUGAGAUCAUGCGCCUGCGACAACAGGCGCGAUACCGGAGCAAGAAGAAGCACAACCCAGCAGUUUGCUUCUACCACUCGCUGUCCAUCUUUGCUCCGAGGUGCAUGACGACGAGUCGGCAUGAUAUCAUCUAUUCCUUCUUGGGAUUGCAGAGAGAUCCCCGUGUGCGCAUCAUACCCGACUACGAUCUGGACUGGAGCGUUGUGCCUGUGAUAGCGACGAGCACAAUUUGUGAGGCGACAGAGAGUUUGAGUCUGUUUGGUAUGUUGCACCGACAAGCAGGUGAUGAGAGUCGGUGGCCGAGCCUCCCGUCCUGGGUGCCAGAUUGGUCGAGAAGACUAGAGGCUGAACCCAUGGUGUUUCCUCGGAGCUGGAUAUACUUCGACUCUGCGUCUGGAAUGGCGCACAAAGCUAGGAAAUCCAGUGGUCUACCUGCAUCGCAUCUGGUGGUGCAUGGCAAGAUUAUCAGCGAGGUGGCGCACACGUUUCCUUUCUCCCGGGGCAGUGGAGAGCCGCUCGCGAACCGCCAUGGAUGGGAUGUUUGCUCUUACCUCAAUAUACGGCGUUUACAUCAUCUCCUGGGGAAGACAUGGCUAAACGAUACGACAGCCCCGCCGAUAGUGCGUCUUCUGAAAGUCAUUUUGGCCGACGGGUCUUUCACGCUGAACCAGAAGCUACGAGAGCAUUGCAGCGAAGGCUUGCCGGAUUCUGAUAUUGACGAGUUGGCUGCAACGUACUGGUUCAUUGAGUCCCUGGCGAAACAAGAAGACACCGAGACGACGGAUCGCUCCAAGAUGGAUGAUGACAUGGGCAAACGAGCGACGAGACUGCGUGACCACGCCCGCGCAGCCUGGGGAAGACAACUGAUAGUCAGCCGCGAUUGGAGACUAGGACUUGCGCAUACAACAGCACACGAGGGAGACGUGAUUUGCAUUGUCCACGGUUCCAAAGUACCGCUCGUGUUGCGCCGUCUUCAGAGUGGACGUUACCGCUUGAUAGGCCAGUGCUACUUUGAGAGCGCCAUGCGCGGCGGGGAGGUCACUUGGGGUGAAGACGAUGCAGAUGAAUUUAUACUCGAAUGA